UGCAAGGGAGGCUUCUCCACCACACAGUUACCACACUGCACAUAGAGCUCGGGGUGGGGGGGACACACAACAUCCUCGGCGCGGGUUAUUGUUUUAGCAGGAUUGUUAGAGUCGUUUCGUGCGCGAGGGUUUUUGCUGGUACUUUUCUACCGAGGGAGCCUGCGGGGACGAGGACGGGAGCCGGGAGGGGUCCGCUUAAGGUGCCGCCGCGCAUUCCAAGUAUUCAGCACAAUAACUGCAACGUGGGAACAGAGAUCCCGCGGCCGGACGUCCUGACACGGAACGGCCCGACUGCCUUUUCUCUUGGAUGGAAGUUAAGGAGUGUUUACUGGUGCCAGUGGGCCGGGCCUUCAUGGGCUCGGUGGCUGAGUGGGUGAGUGGGUGGACUGCUGCACGGAGAAACUAAGCCCACACGUUUCCUCCACAGCUCCACGCCAUGGCUGCAGCUCUCCCCACGCUCCUCUUCUGCCUGCACGUCUUCACGCUCUCAGCAACGGAAUCUGCCUCCCAGCAAGUCCUCCCCCAGAUACACCCACGCAUCACUGGUUGCGUCUCCGCCAACACGGAGACCUUCCGCUGCAGAUGGAACGUCGGCCAUUCACAGAGCUUCUCCCAGCCGGGAGAUCUGCGCUUAUUCUACAUUACCAUAAAACCUCCUGCUAAUUUUCCUGGAGUGGAAGUGUGGAGUGAGUGUCCUCACUACAGCACCGACAGGCCCAACGAGUGUUUUUUCAAUCAGGACCACACAUCCAUCUGGAAUACUUACAGUGUGCAGCUCCGCUCGAGGGAUCAAGCCACCCUCUACGAUGAGAACCUUUUCCACGUUGAGGACAUCGUGCAACCGGAUCCUCCCACCGGCUUGAACUGGACCCUGCUGAACGUGAGCUUGACGGGCACGCACUAUGACAUCAUGCUGAGCUGGAAACCGCCCGAGUCAGCAGACGUGGGGAUGGGAUGGAUGACGCUGCACUACAACGUCCAGUAUCGCAACGUGGAGUCUGACCUGUGGGAACAGACCGACCUUGGGAAAGAGACACAUCGGUCUCUUUAUGCGCUUCGGACUGGCGUCAACAACGAGGUUCGGGUUCGAUGCAAAAUGUCCGGUGGGAAAGAGUUCGGAGAGUUCAGCGACUCUGUGUUUGUGCACGUUCCCUUUAAAGUGUCAAGAUUCCCAGUGGUGGCCUUGCUCGUCUUUGGUGCCUUGUGUUUAGUGACCAUCCUGAUGUUAGUUAUUAUAUCGAAGCAGGAAAGGUUCAUGGCUAUUCUUUUGCCUCCUGUUCCUGGACCUAAAAUUAGAGGAAUCGACUCUGACCUACUCAAGAAAGGGAAGCUGAAGGAGUUGAAAUCCAUCCUGGGUGGCCCUCCCUUCCUGAGGCCGGAGCUGUACAACCACGACCCCUGGGUGGAGUUCAUCGAUCUCGACAUUGAAGAGCACAGCGACCGACUGACGGACCUGGACACGGACUGUCUGGUGGAGCGCUCCCUGUCCUCCAACUGGUCUCCUCUCUCCAUUGGCUUCAGAGACGACGACUCGGGCCGGGCCAGCUGCUGCGACCCAGAUCUUCCCAGCGACCCGGAACCGUCUCCUUUCGUUCCUCUCAUUCCAAAUCAAACCAACGGAAAGGAACCGACCACCUGUGAGCUAAGCUCCGAGGUCCACGGCGCCGCCCCCGGGGAGCCUCGUCUGGUGGCACCGUGCAGAGAGCGGCUGUACACCCAGGUGAGUGAUGUGAGGUCAUCUGGCAAGGUGUUACUGUCCCCUGAAGAACAGACUGAGACGGGACGAGACACUGGCAAAGACAUCGUGGUGGGGAAAGAGAAGAAAGUUCUUCCGCUCCUGGUGGUGAAUCCAGAUCAGGGAGGUUACACGUCAGAGCUCAUCGCGGGAAAAAUGAGCCCCACGUUUUCCUCAGGAGGCGUGAGUGAGACCCGCCAGACUGGAGAAGUCUUGGUUUCGUCAGAGCCUCCGUCGCGUCACCAGGAAUCAGACCCCACCGCGUCCCCUCUUCCCCCUGCUCCAGUCUACACCGUUGUAGAUGGAGUUGGCAGGCAGAACAGCCUCUUACUGACACCAAACUCAGUACCUGCCCCGCAACCGGCAGUUACAAAAAUCAUGCCAACACCAGACGGCUACCUGACCCCCGACCUUAUGGGAAGCGUGGCACCAUAGACCACCUGGGCAAAGUCGAGACUAUUCCAUCAAAGGUACUGAUGAGCUCGGGAACAGGCUUUGAGAUUGAGUGUUGAAUGUCAGUUCCCAUAAAAUAAUAAGGGGCUCUGCUCCGGUCCCGAACCCAGCUCGGUCCUGCCGCUGCUCCAACUGACGUAGCUCUACAGGGUUGGUUAGAAGUUUGAAGCGAGCGAGGAAGAGCACAUGUGUUGUCCUGUGGAAAGGGAAAAAGGAAACCCUUUCAUUCAUUUUGGUUGAUGUUUUCGUCCGCUUAACGAACUUGGCAAUUUCAAUAUUCACUCCCCUGUAAGCCCUUUGUUUUGGUCCCUUCAAGCCCUCGGAGGAAUAACUGGGUCUGGCUGCUAAAGCCUCCACUGCUUUCACUUGCUUCUUUGCGCAUUUUCUGCUCCCAAAUUUUUGCGCCAUGAGCCAAAAGAGACUAAAAAGGCUUUAUUGAGUUGCGCAGCUGCUGUGGUUUUAUCUCUACGAGUUCCACUUUUGACAUUUCAGUAGUAGUCAUUUCAUUCAUACUGUAUAUAUUUACGGUAAUUGUAAAUAUAGCAGAGUAACAUUGAUAAUUCUUAUCACCAUAAAGAAAUAAUUGUGUUUUAAUAACAUCAGGUCAUAACUUAUUGAUAUAAUGUGCCUUCUCUUUUUAUCUGGUUUUCACAAUGUUUUUCCAGAAUAGUGCCAAAAUACAAAAGUGCUACUUAACCAAUUAGAAAUCCAGUUUUUUUAAUAAUAGUACUUCUUGUGGUUUAUGAAAUAUUUUGUCGCUAACACAUGAACUUCUGAAUAAGUAAAAUAAAGCAUGACAUCAACUUGUUUGAAAGGUAAAAAUGAGGUGCAUAGAACUUUGAUGCAAUUUUCAAAACAUGAUUUUAAAAUAUUUUUUGAACUGACAUGUUUGCAGACACAUUUUGAUUUUCUUGUUUCUGUUUCAAAUUCAAAGUUGGGGGUACAUGGUCAUCAUUGUUGAAGUGGUACAUUUUGACUGUUUAAAUAUUACAAAUAAACUUUCAUACCUUU